CUCCUCCUCCUCCUCCUUCCCUCCUUUUUUUCCUCCCUCCCUCCUCCUCCUCCUCCUCCUCCUCCUCCCCCUCGGCCUCCGCGGGUCCGCGCAAGAGAUGAUGCAGGACGCGUCCAGCUCUCCAGUCUCCCCCGCCGACGACAGCCUGAGCAACAGCGACGAGGAGCAGGACCGGCCCCCCGCGCCCAGGCCCCCGCACCCGCACCCGCCCCCGCCGUCGCACCCGCAGCCCCCCGGGGGCAAGCGCGGAGCCCGCAAGCGGAGAUCCAGCCGGAGGAGCGGAGGGGCCGCUGCGGGAGGUGCGGGAGGACCCGGAGGUGCGGGAGGACCCGGAGGUGCGGGAGGAGCAGGAGGUGCGGGAGGAGCGGCGGCAGGAGCGGGAGGAACCACGGACGAGCCCGGCAGCCCGGCCCAAGGCAAGCGAGGCAAAAAAUCCGCCGGGGCCGGCGGAGGCGGAGGACUGCCCGGAGGAGGCGGAGGACUGCCCGGAGGAGGCGGCGGGGGCGGGGGCAGCAGCAGCGGCGGCGGCAGCCCCCAGUCCUACGAGGAGCUGCAGACCCAGCGGGUCAUGGCCAACGUGCGGGAGCGCCAGCGCACCCAGUCCCUCAACGAAGCCUUCGCCGCCCUGCGCAAGAUCAUCCCCACGCUGCCCUCGGACAAGCUCAGCAAGAUCCAGACCCUCAAACUGGCCGCCAGGUACAUCGACUUCCUCUACCAGGUCUUGCAGAGCGACGAGCUGGACUCCAAGAUGGCAAGCUGCAGCUAUGUGGCCCACGAGCGGCUCAGCUACGCCUUCUCCGUUUGGAGGAUGGAGGGCGCCUGGUCCAUGUCGGCAUCCCACUAGCCGGCCCGGGCCCCCACUCCCCCUCCAACGACCCCACCGCGCCUAGAUGGCAUUGUUUCCAGAGAAGGAGUAAAUGGACAGUCUAGAGACUCUGAUGCUGGAUACCAUUUUUUAACGUUUGCCAAGGAUUUUCUUGGAAGUUAAAAGAGCUAUGCCCAAAUCAAAAGGGACAGGGCGUGGGGAACUUAAAAGAGAAAGCGAGAAGGGGCCUUGGACAGUGGCUACUCAGCGGGGCGGCGGCACUAUCCACACAUCUCUACAUUCUGAUAGAAGUCUGAACAGUUGUUGUUGUUUAUUUUAUUUUUUUCAUUUUGACGAAGAAUGUUGGAA